CUUCAAAGUCGUUUUGUUUCGUUAGAGUUCUUUUUUAGAGAGAGAGAGAGUUUCUGUUUUUGUUCUUGAGAGAGAUAGAUAUUCUUCGUUCUUCAGCUGCUGGUGUGUCUCUUCUUCGGUUCUGCUUCAGAUUUUAGAGUUUCUUUUUCAGCUUUCAGAACGGAUUUUCAGACCAGAAGGAUGUUAUUUUAGGAAAAUCAAGUGGAAUAUUACUGAAAACUCAUCAUCAGUUGCAUUUAUGAUUUUAAUUUGCUAACUGAACUAAAGGUAAGGCCGGGUUGAUUCAGAAACUGAAGUUACUUUUCUUGUUGCUGGGAUCACUUCGAAAAUCAACUGCUAGCGAUGGAGGUAUUUGGAAAAUCUACUAUUGUUGCUGCGCCAACAAACGUUAUUUAUUUAUCAAGUAUACUGGGUCGUGAAGGGAUGAUUCCUAGUCACAGAUGUGAUUGGAAAUGUCAAAAUGAGAAUGUUUGGGGAAACAUGUAUGUCUGCAAGCUAACAAAGCUUACCCACAUCUGUGACAAAAACUGUAACCAGAGAAUUUUGUACGAUAACCAUAGCUCCCUUUGCAGAGUCAGUGGUCAGGUUUUCCCUCUUACCCCACUGGAAGAGCAAGCGGUGAGAGGAGUCGGGAGGAAGCUGGAAGCAGAGAAUUCCUCCUCCCCUGAUAAUAAUACCAAUUCAUGUUCUUUUAAACGAAGACGAGAUGCUCAGCUUCAUCCUUCUCCUUUUGAGAGGUCUUUCACUGCAGUCGCUCCAAUCUGCAGUCAAAUUGGAGACGGCGGCAUGGACAUGAGUUAGAUUAUAUGGAGUCGUUUCAUUCCUUGUUUUCCCCUUUCUUAAUCCUUUUUUUUUUUCUUUUUUUAUGUUUCUCAUCUUCGGGUCUCUGGAUCAAAGAUGGAAAAAAAAACUGAACUUAUUAUGGAGGCUUAAAAGGAGGACCUUAUGUGUUCUACCUCGGUCUGUAGGAUGAAGCUUAUAUUUCUAGUCUCAUUUAUAUGGAAUGUAGCUCCUACUGUGACUUAACUAAUUACAUAGAGACUUAAAAACCAUGCUCCAAUUCCAGUAUAAUUGAAGGGGCUUUCAUGAGUCUUACAUAAAUUUCGGAUUCCUUCAAACAAUUGUGUCUCAGAGUGCCUCUUUAUGUCUAUUUUAGUAUUAACUUCUGUUGUGAUUCUAGUAUCUUGAUAGCUCUUUGCCUAUCAUCAUUUUUAAUUUGAUUGUAAUACUUAAAUUAUUUAUGUUC